AUGUCGGCGACUUCAACACUUAGCUCUGGCUCCGAGAGGCUGGAGGCAUGGACUCGACGAUCUCAGCCAAUGAUUGAAAUUGAUCUGACCGGACCGAAGCCUGGCCAUUUCAACUGCUACACGACUGCGGAUAGCAUCGAUGGCACCGUGACCGUUACUGUGGAACAUGAAACGCCAUUUGACGAGGUUGAGAUCGUUUUUGAUGGUACAUCUCGAACUAAGGUGGAACGAGGAUCAUACCCUGGCCGCAUGGGAUCGCAACAUAUGUUCCUCAAUUUGCGUCAACCGAUUGAGGAUAUUGAAUAUCCAACCCCUCGAGUACUGAAACGAGGUCGUUCAUAUCAAUUCCCCUUCACAUUUGUCGUUCCAGAUCGCCUGCUACCCCAGGUCUGUACCCACAUCAAGAAGAACGCCCACGUUAGACGUUCUCACACUAUGCUUCCGCCGACUCUGGGUGAUCCUAUGCUUCAAAACAAUGGCAAGACUCUCCUAGAUGAUAUGUCUCCCGAUAUGUCGCAGGUGGCUUAUAUUGUUCGAGCAUCCGUUUACCAAAAACAACUCACCGGCCACGGAGUCAAGUCUAUCGUCGCCGUUGACAAAAAAGUCCGAAUCAUCCCACUUGUGGAGGAAGAACCUCCAGUCGAUAUUUCCGGAACCACGUCUCUUUAUAUGCGAAAUGAACAAAGCGUUAAGCGCGGAACCUUACGAGGUAAACUGGGCCGACUCGUCGCCGCAACAUCGCAGCCUAAGCCUAUUCGAUUGCUUCCCCCAAAUUGCGAACCGUCCGAUACUGUGAGUACCGUGGCUACCGUAAACCUGCGAUUCGAACCCGUCGGAAACGAGCAACCACCACCGCUAGGAACAAUGAUUAGCAAGCUCCGCGCAAGUACGUUCUACAGCGCCUCACCAUGGGACGACUUCCCCUCCUCAACAGGCGUUCCUUUUGGGCAAAUUGACCGCGGACUGUAUACAGAGGCUGUCCCUCUCUCCACAAUGUGUGUCGCCUCGGCACAAUGGACCAAACAAACAUACGACUCGCGACCUUAUUCUGCCACAUCAUCAUCCGACUCUUUAUCAACGGGCCUGUCCUCCACAUACGCCGGAGAUACGUACUAUACCGCUUCGCUCGUUAUCCCAGUCACACUCCCAAAAUCAAAGGCUUUCGUCCCAACAUUCCACUCCUGUCUCAUGUCUCGCACCUACUCCCUCGAACUCUCAUUGACAUAUCACACACCUGCGACGAACAUAAUGACACCGACUAUUUCCCUGCGCGUCCCGAUUCAGUUCACCAGUGAGAGACUCUCUCAAGUCUUCCCGGUAUGA